UCUCGGCUCGCUGUGAGGAGCGCUGAGCGGUGGUGCCUUCAGUCGGUGGUCGGAGUCGGUGCGCGGCGGUUGUUGCUCCGUGUGGGGAUACCGUUGUUGUCGGGACCGUUAUAACGGGAGUCGGUGAGGGACACGGAGACACUGGGGCCCCGGAGGGAUGCUGCUCUCCCCGCCGUACAGGUUUGACUUUGAGGCCUAUGGGCGGAGGGCGGCACUGAAUGCUGAGGCCUGAGGACCGCUCAGAAGCGCGCUGGGAUGUUGCGGCAGAACGGAGGAGGUAACAGGCGUGGUUUGGGAUUUUCACGAUUUUCUACCUCAAACUUCUUCACCCUCUCGAAUUCUUCCACUUGGGGAAUGGGGAGAAGCACCAAGAGUAAUUCUCUGAGCAGCAUCAGCACCGGCUCGGACUGUGAGGGCUCGGUGGUGGAGCCGGAGUACAUCAUGCAGCUGGUGAACGACGUGCGCAGGUUUGCGGAUGUCCUGCUGUAUCUGAAGGAAGCCGUCGUGUCUCCAGAGAAUCAGGACAGUCUGCACCACGUGGUCCACGAGCGUCUGGGGGAGCUGCUGCGGGUGCUGAAGGGGGUGAUCAGCAAACACCAGACCCUCAACUCUGUGGAUAUUCUGGGCGCUGCCGGGACGGUGAUCGCCAAAGUGAAAGCUGUGAACUUCAAAAACAUUAAUGAAGAGAAUAGGAGGGAGCAGUUUGCAGAAAUCUUCACCUCCAUCGACACUUUAGCCUUCACCUUCGGCAACGUUGUUUCCGAUUUCCUUAUGGGAGAUGUAGACAAUGGCUCAUCACUGGGGCUGCACACAUCUCGGAGGAGUCGGUCCUUUGAAAAUGUUUCCAUGGAGGAUUCUGCCGGGUCCAUUCACGAGCGAGACGAUCUCCAAGGGCACCUGCGGGCAGAGGAAGUUGACGGCAUGCUCCUGCGAAUCGACAGCGGGGUGGAAUCUGCCUUAUCGUAUGCCAAAGCCUGGUCCAAAUACGCCAAGGAUCUCCUGUCCUGGGUGGAGAAGAGGCUUAAUGUGGAAGCCGAAGCUGCUAGAAAUCUAUUAAAGAUGGCGGAAAGCGCAAAAUCCAUUGUCGGCCCACAGGAGUUUAUGGCGUUCCAGCCGAUAUUCACCGCGGCUUUUCAGAACGACAUUGAGUGCAGCCAGCUGUGUCUGCAGACCAUCGCGGCGCUGCAGAGCAACAAGUUCAUCCAGCCUCUUCAAGCCCGAAGAUCUGAGCUCGACAGACAAAGGAAGGAAAUGAAGGAACUUUGGCAGCGAGAACAGAAGAAAAUGCAAGAGCUGGAGACCGCUCUACGGAAAGCAAAACUAUUGAAUGUCCAAAGGCAAGAUGAGUACGAGAAAGCGAAAUCCAGUACGAUCCGCGCGGAGGAGGAGCAGCUCAGUAUAUCCGGAGGACUCAUGAAAGAUGGCAGCAAACAGGUGGAGAAGAGGAGACGCUUGGAGGAGGAAGCCUUACAGAAGGCCGACGAAGCGAAAGAAUAUUACAAGACGUGUGUGGCGGAGGUGGAGGAGAAGAGAAUAGAUAUGGAGAGUGUGAAAAGUGAAAUUUUAACGCAGAUUCGGGAGCUCAUCUACCAAUGUGAUCUCACCCUGAAAGCCGCCACAGUGAACCUGUUCCAGAUGCAGACCGCCCAGGUGGUGUCGCUGCCUGUGAACUGCCAGACGCUGUGCGAGAACGCCAAACGCUAUGAGCCCGGCCAGCAGUAUUCAGAGUUUGUGAAGAACCUGCCCAAAGACGACUGCGGCAUCGAGGUCGGGUCUUGUGAAGCGUCACAUGGGCGGAUCGGGCGGCUUUUAUCCAAGGGAGAAGAGAACGGCACCCGGGCAUCACAAGGGAACCUGUCCCAGGGCUCUGCAGAGUACACCGCUCAGUCCUCGGAGGACAUCGGGAGUCCGCUCUAUAGCCGAUCCCACAAGGCCGGGCAGAAGAGGUCCAGCAGCAGCACCGAUAUUCAGACGUUACGAGGUCCGCCGUUCAGGUCGUGGUCCACAGGCAACCAGAGCGGUAUGUGCAGUGAUUCUGAGAGCGCAGGGGGCAGUAGUGAGUCCCGCUCUAUGGACUCCCCAUCAGCCAGUCCAGGAGACUUUAAAAGACGCCUUCCCAGGACCCCAUCCACGGGAACCAUGUCAUCUGCGGACGAUCUGGACGACCGGGAGCCGCCAUCGCCUUCCGAUAACGGCCUGAAUGAUCUGGUUUCGGAGAUCGCCAAUUCCCCAGGACCCUUCCGGAAUACAAGCAUGUCCAAAGCCGCGCAGACUCACAAGCUGCGGAAGCUGAGGGCCCCCUCCAAGUGCCGGGAGUGUGACAGUCUGGUGGUGUUCCACGGGGCCGAGUGCGAGGAGUGUUCUCUCGCCUGCCAUAAGAAGUGCCUGGAAACAUUGGCCAUUCAGUGCGGACACAAAAAGCUUCAUGGACGACUUCAUCUCUUUGGGGUAGAAUUUACUCAGGCCGCCAAGAACACUCCUGACGGCAUUCCUUUCAUCAUCAAGAAGUGCACCUCCGAAAUCGAGAGCCGGGCGCUGACUAUAAAGGGCAUUUACCGAGUGAAUGGAGCGAAGUCCAGAGUGGAGAAGCUGUGUCAGGCGUUCGAAAAUGGGAAAGACCUGGUGGAACUGUCCGAUCUGUAUGCGCACGACAUCAGUAACGUCCUGAAGCUUUACCUGCGACAGCUCCCAGAACCUUUGAUAAUGUUUCGUGUUUACAAUGAGCUGAUCGGAUUGGCCAAAGAAAGCCAGCGCUCCACCGACGAAGUGGACUCCCAAGCGAGUAGCCCGCCACUGAAGAGACAGCCGUCCGGGGUGGAGCUGAACAGAGUCAUCAUAAAGAUCAGAGAUCUGCUGAAACUGCUGCCCCCGCCAAACUAUAACACCCUACAGUUCUUAGUGGGACAUCUUCAUAGGGUGACGGAAGAAGUGGAAGAAAACAAGAUGACGGCCAGUAACCUGGGGAUAAUAUUCGGGCCCACCCUGCUGAGGCCGCGCCAGACCGACGCCACCAUCUCCCUCUCCUCCCUGGUGGAUUACCCCUAUCAGGCCCGCAUAGUGGAGCUGCUGAUCUCCCACUACGAUAAGAUAUUCGACGUGUCCCGCGAGAUGAUUAACCCCGUGGAUAAGGCGGAGGAGAGAGAACCGAAUCACGUGAGGAAGUCACAGUCACUGCCCGUGGGGAAUGAGAACGUUCUGCUGUCCAAGCGCACCGGAUCCCUGGAUGAGGCCGCCUUAGACUUUAAAGGAGUGGAGGAGCGGGAAACCCGGAGCCAGAGUAUGGAUAUCGCCGAGGAGAACGAAACCAAUCUAAGUGACUCUGAAGAGCGCGGAGACUCCUCGGAGGCGGUCAGUCCGGUCUUCUCUCUGCAGGGAUCAGAUGAACAAGGUGAGAGCAAGAAGAGUGGUAAAAUACAUAAAAUUCUGCCCCAUUUUUUACCAAUUCCAUCCCUUGAGCAGCAAGAGCUGGAGACCGCUCUACGGAAAGCAAAACUAUUGAAUGUCCAAAGGCAAGAUGAGUACGAGAAAGCGAAAUCCAGUACGAUCCGCGCGGAGGAGGAGCAGCUCAGUAUAUCCGGAGGACUCAUGAAAGAUGGCAGCAAACAGGUGGAGAAGAGGAGACGCUUGGAGGAGGAAGCCUUACAGAAGGCCGACGAAGCGAAAGAAUAUUACAAGACGUGUGUGGCGGAGGUGGAGGAGAAGAGAAUAGAUAUGGAGAGUGUGAAAAGUGAAAUUUUAACGCAGAUUCGGGAGCUCAUCUACCAAUGUGAUCUCACCCUGAAAGCCGCCACAGUGAACCUGUUCCAGAUGCAGACCGCCCAGGUGGUGUCGCUGCCUGUGAACUGCCAGACGCUGUGCGAGAACGCCAAACGCUAUGAGCCCGGCCAGCAGUAUUCAGAGUUUGUGAAGAACCUGCCCAAAGACGACUGCGGCAUCGAGGUCGGGUCUUGUGAAGCGUCACAUGGGCGGAUCGGGCGGCUUUUAUCCAAGGGAGAAGAGAACGGCACCCGGGCAUCACAAGGGAACCUGUCCCAGGGCUCUGCAGAGUACACCGCUCAGUCCUCGGAGGACAUCGGGAGUCCGCUCUAUAGCCGAUCCCACAAGGCCGGGCAGAAGAGGUCCAGCAGCAGCACCGAUAUUCAGACGUUACGAGGUCCGCCGUUCAGGUCGUGGUCCACAGGCAACCAGAGCGGUAUGUGCAGUGAUUCUGAGAGCGCAGGGGGCAGUAGUGAGUCCCGCUCUAUGGACUCCCCAUCAGCCAGUCCAGGAGACUUUAAAAGACGCCUUCCCAGGACCCCAUCCACGGGAACCAUGUCAUCUGCGGACGAUCUGGACGACCGGGAGCCGCCAUCGCCUUCCGAUAACGGCCUGAAUGAUCUGGUUUCGGAGAUCGCCAAUUCCCCAGGACCCUUCCGGAAUACAAGCAUGUCCAAAGCCGCGCAGACUCACAAGCUGCGGAAGCUGAGGGCCCCCUCCAAGUGCCGGGAGUGUGACAGUCUGGUGGUGUUCCACGGGGCCGAGUGCGAGGAGUGUUCUCUCGCCUGCCAUAAGAAGUGCCUGGAAACAUUGGCCAUUCAGUGCGGACACAAAAAGCUUCAUGGACGACUUCAUCUCUUUGGGGUAGAAUUUACUCAGGCCGCCAAGAACACUCCUGACGGCAUUCCUUUCAUCAUCAAGAAGUGCACCUCCGAAAUCGAGAGCCGGGCGCUGACUAUAAAGGGCAUUUACCGAGUGAAUGGAGCGAAGUCCAGAGUGGAGAAGCUGUGUCAGGCGUUCGAAAAUGGGAAAGACCUGGUGGAACUGUCCGAUCUGUAUGCGCACGACAUCAGUAACGUCCUGAAGCUUUACCUGCGACAGCUCCCAGAACCUUUGAUAAUGUUUCGUGUUUACAAUGAGCUGAUCGGAUUGGCCAAAGAAAGCCAGCGCUCCACCGACGAAGUGGACUCCCAAGCGAGUAGCCCGCCACUGAAGAGACAGCCGUCCGGGGUGGAGCUGAACAGAGUCAUCAUAAAGAUCAGAGAUCUGCUGAAACUGCUGCCCCCGCCAAACUAUAACACCCUACAGUUCUUAGUGGGACAUCUUCAUAGGGUGACGGAAGAAGUGGAAGAAAACAAGAUGACGGCCAGUAACCUGGGGAUAAUAUUCGGGCCCACCCUGCUGAGGCCGCGCCAGACCGACGCCACCAUCUCCCUCUCCUCCCUGGUGGAUUACCCCUAUCAGGCCCGCAUAGUGGAGCUGCUGAUCUCCCACUACGAUAAGAUAUUCGACGUGUCCCGCGAGAUGAUUAACCCCGUGGAUAAGGCGGAGGAGAGAGAACCGAAUCACGUGAGGAAGUCACAGUCACUGCCCGUGGGGAAUGAGAACGUUCUGCUGUCCAAGCGCACCGGAUCCCUGGAUGAGGCCGCCUUAGACUUUAAAGGAGUGGAGGAGCGGGAAACCCGGAGCCAGAGUAUGGAUAUCGCCGAGGAGAACGAAACCAAUCUAAGUGACUCUGAAGAGCGCGGAGACUCCUCGGAGGCGGUCAGUCCGGUCUUCUCUCUGCAGGGAUCAGAUGAACAAGAUUGCUCCAUGGAAACCAUCUCCGAGGGCGACGUCGCGGUGAGGAGGAGCAGCUCCGAAGACAUCUCCAAAACGAACCUCUCCGUACCUGUAAAAUCUUAUCGCCAAAUCUCCAAAGUUCAGCUGAGGGCUCCUCGCGCCAAGCCGGUGAUCCGCCCGGUCAGUUUACCCGUGGACCGUCUCCUUCCUCCCUCGGUGCUGAACGAGAAUUCCAGGAAUGUGGGCGUCGCCACGUCUGACAAACUUGGCCAAAGUCCCAUCAUCGAAGAGGUCUCGGAGAACAAAGCCGCGACCGCCGUCAACUCGUGCCACAGACUCUCGUGCUACGACUCGCAGAGCUACCGCAAAAUGUGGGACAAGCAGUAUAAGCUGUACGACAUGACGCCCAGAACGGCCAUGAUCAUGACCAACGUGCCGCAGGAGAUAAGAGCGCACGACGCCGGGCCCACCGCGCUGCCAAAAAUCCCCUCCGCGUCCCAGCUCAAGCCCCUAACCGCGGACGGUAACUCUACAGAGCCCAAUCUGCUGGCCACUUACCGGGCGCCGAGAACUUUACAGCCGGGGACUUUCUACAAGCCGCCAUCUUACAAAACCAAACCGAGCGACGAGACGUCUCCGAGCGACGCAACGUCUCUGGCCAAAGCGCAAUGUCAGAGCAACAACAACAACGUCAACCUAAUCGCAGACUCGGAUCUGGCGGCCGAGAUUCAGGGACAGAGCAAAAACGUACAAAAAACGGAGGAUAGCCCCCCGACGGACGCAAAGCCAACGUUUCCUCGACUCAGGCCGAAACGCAUGCAGGAACUGGAACACAGAGAGGCGCAUUUCGUGUAGCGUCGGGACCGCGGACGGUCGUCGUCUCCCAACGUGCCAUGUUCGCCAUCAUAUUUUUUUUAUAUAUUAAAAACAAAAACUUUUUAACUGGAAAAAAAAACAAAACAAAAAACACUGAAGUGCUUUUCUAUACAGAACAGUCUAUUUUGCGCGCGUUCCGCGCCCGUAGCGAUUAAAUUUGAUUCUUAUUUAUACCGAGAUACAGUAUUCAGAUACCGAUCAAACUCUUCGUGUAAAUUUGUGUAAAAGCGGAAGAAAUUGUAUUUGCGUUUUUUCUUUUUUUUUUUUUUUUUUUUCGUACGACAGCAGCAACAUUUGCUGUAUGAAAGCUGCAAUGUAUCCUUCGAAGCCGCGGGGGGCGGGGUUAAUGGGUCGCGUCUGUGUGUAUAGAUUUCUUGUUUUCAUCCGUUGCCGGUUUCUUUGUGGUCACUUUAAUGAUAUUUCUACAGAGACGAUGCACUUAACAUUUUUUUUUUUUUUUUUU